GCAAGCAUGCAACAGUGGGGAACGUACGGCAACUAUUGGCAGGGUGGCACGUACGGAGCUUAUCCUGCCAGUUACCAAGGUCAAGCAACCCAAACCUUCGACUACAAUCACCAAGCAACUACUAUAACUACUACCACUGCCGAUGUCCACGACACACCUCCCCCGCCAGGUGUAGAUUCCAAGGAUGGCUCUUGUAAUCCUCAGCCCGCUGUCAGUGGCGCUUCUCCAAAUUGGGCCGACUCUGCACAGCCUACAGGUGUUCAGCCAUACAUGACACAGCCUCCACCCUAUACCCAACCCCAUCUCUUUAGAUUCAAUCCUCAGCGGCCUCUGCUUCCCGGUGGCUCAGUGUAUCCCGCAGUUAACAGCCCAUAUAUACCUAGCCAACCUCAACCACUGAUGCCCUGGAACUCUCCAAAUUACGGAUAUUAUUCAUAUCCCAACCCCAACGCGUCUGCAGCUGCUCCUUUCCUCCCAACACCCUGGGGAUAUCCUGCCCCACCGACACGCUUGAGAGCAGCUGGUGGAAACAAACCCAGACAACCAGCAAUGGUCAGAUCAGACUCAAACAUUGCAGCAGGUGCUGUCAAUGCGCCGGUGCUCGCUACCACAACCUGUUCUCAGUUAUCUGAAGCAGAACCUACAAUCAGUGAACUUCAGAAACCACCACCUGCUCUUGAAGCCAAAAGCACAAAGGAACAAUGGAGUGCAGAGCUUAAAGACUAUGUUCAGCGGGCAUUUUGCAGUAUCGACACAAAAGAAGAAAAGGAUCAAAUGGAGAGGAUACUGAAGGAGAAACUUGAAUACAUUUUCAGAAACAAUAUUACAGUUGACUGGACCACAGAGAACAUACCUACUGUUCCGAGCAAGACGAUCGCUGCAUUGCAGAACGCCGCGGCCGCUGCUUCUCGUCCUAGCUCAGUGAAAGACUAUGUUCAGCGGGCAUUUUGCAGUAUCGACACAAAAGAAGAAAAAGAUCAAAUGGAGAGGAUACUGAAGGAGAAACUUGAAUACAUUUUCAGAAACAAUAUUACAGUUGACUGGACCACAGAGAACAUACCUACUGUUCCGAGCAAGACGAUCGCUGCAUUGCAGAACGCCGCGGCCGCUGCUUCUCGUCCUAGCUCAGUGAACUCGGAUCGUCCCACUAGUCCAACCUCUGCAACUGCGGUCAAAAAGGGUCGUCGUCGCAAACGUGGUGGCCGUGGUGGGGUUUUGGACUCUACCGUCACAGAAAGACCCGUUAUAGCCAGGGAGCCCACUCCUCCUUCCCGGGGUCGUGGCCGUGGUAGCAAACGUGUCCGGGGUUCAAACCACAUCGGUACUAGUGUGGCGCGACUGUCCGAUCGAGCCAACCGUUUCAAAGAUCACCUUUCUAUGUCUUCUUUGAGCGGUUCCGGCUCGAUUGCGCGCACCACCAGUCAGUUGUUGCUUAAUCUCGGGGACGAAGGCGAUGAAUUAUCGGCAGAGUUUCAAGCCUGUCAGAUUGUUGGAACCAUGCAAGAACUAGAGAAACCCUACCUACGUCUGACACGGGCUCCUGAACCUCACGAAGUUCGCCCGGUCUCUGUGCUGAAGUUAGCUCUGGAACAUGUGAAGCAGAAAUGGAUCACGAAGUCGGAUUACCAUUGGACUUGCGAGCAGUUCAAGAGUAUUCGUCAGGACUUAACGGUACAAGGUAUCGAAGAUGAGUUCGCUGUUGCUGUCUACGAGACACAUGCAGAUGCCGCUCUUGACGCAGGCGAUUUCGAAGAAUUCCACCAGUGUCAGAGUCAACUUUUACGUUUGUACAACGAAGGUCUGGGAUCUGCUCGUGUUUUAGAGUUCACGGCCUAUCGAUUGUUGUACUACAUGUUUACGCUGGAUUUGCUGGGUAUGAACACCAUUAUGGCCGGUCUACGGCCAACCCACAAGUCUAAUCCGUGCGUCCGUUAUGCACUGGACGUCCGGUCUGCCUGGUCACUGCACAACUAUCGUCGGUUCUUCCGAUUGGUCUGUCCGCCUGAUGAUGGAGAGCAACCUCCACUUCGGUGUGGACAAGUAAUUCAGUGGUUCCUGGAACGGGAACGGAAGAACGCACUGAAAACUAUUUUUAAAGUUCUACAGUUUAUUUCGGAUUCAGUUGGGCUGCCCUCUACAGUUGAAUGUACGAAGCUUCUCUGUGAUCAGUUCUCGCUGCCUCCCGAUAUUUUGGAACCAGUGGACAAAAUUGACUGCAAGUCUGUCUGGAAUGCAAUGUGUCAAGCA